GAAGCAGAAAGUAUGAAGAGAGCAUGGAAUCGAAAAUCUACUGGUUUGUGGUCUAUAUUGCGACACAAGUAGGAACUCUUCUGCUGCGUGUGACCAGAGAAACGGGGGCAGGGCUUGAUUCUAACUUGAUAACCCUACAGUGUGCUGUAUUCACACAGGAACGCCUUUCUAUUUCUACAAGUGACAUCUCAACGAACACUGCAAAAAAGAAAUAGAAAGGAAGAAAAAAGCCAGAAAACAUGGAUUAGAGUGUCACUUGGCAUUGGGGCACAUCGACUAAAGUAGGCAAAAAAGUCAUUCUGCAUUCAUAGAGACAGUGGGCAUCAUGACCUCCAACCAACAAAGACCAAGAACCCGCUUGAGCCUCCGCUCAAACACAACUGUACAUUAUGGCUCCUUGAGCUCUGAGCAACCAGAUAGUGAUGCAUCCGCCAUGCAAACAAACUCUAUCUCUCAGAAACGCUCCUAUAUCACAGUGGCAGUGCUCUGCUAUAUCAAUCUCCUCAACUAUAUGGACCGUUAUACUAUAGCAGGUGUGCUGCUUAGCAUCCAGAAUUACUUCGGAAUCCCUGACAGCACAUCUGGCCUCCUACAGACAGUUUUUAUCUGUAGCUUUAUGCUCUUGGCGCCAGUUUUUGGUUACCUCGGAGAUCGCUAUGACAGGAAGCUUAUCAUGAUCGCUGGGCUGAUUGUGUGGAUCGUCACAACACUAGGCAGCUCUUUUGUCAAAAAAUCGCACUUCUGGGUUCUGGUCCUGACAAGGGCCUUGGUUGGGACAGGAGAGGCCAGUUACUCAACCAUAGCACCUACUAUCAUUGGUGACUUGUUCACUGGCACCCAGAGAACUCUCAUGAUCUCCUUCUUCUACAUCUUCAUACCGGUUGGAAGUGGUCUUGGAUAUAUAUUGGGGGCAACUAUAGCUAAUGCAACAGGGGACUGGCGUUGGGCCCUGAGGUUCAGUCCAGCUCUAGGAGGCCUGGGUCUGCUGCUGCUGGUGUUUCUGAUUCCUAAUCCUCCUAGGGGAGCCUCCGACAACAAAGGAGGAGCAACCAUGGAAAGCACCUCUUAUAUUGAGGACAUCAAGUACCUCCUGAAGAAUCGGAGUUUUGUCUGGUCUUCUCUUGGUGUGACUGCUAUGGCUUUUGUCACAGGGGCUCUGGCCUUCUGGACCCCCACCUUCCUGUCUCGUGCACAGAUUACACAGGGUCUCAGACUACCUUGCAAAGAAGAGCCCUGUAACCCUUUAGACAGUUACAUCUUUGGAGCAAUCACAGUGGUGACGGGGAUUGUGGGAGUGUUUAUGGGCACCUACAUAUCAAAGCAGCUGAGAGUCAGACUGCCCAACGCAGAUCCUCUCAUAUGUGCUGUAGGCAUGCUCAGUUCCUCUCCCUGCUUUUUUAUUGCCAUCAUCCUGGCGGGCACCAGCAUCCCGGCCACAUACACAUUCAUUGCUAUUGGAGAGACUUUGCUGUCCCUCAACUGGGCUAUUCUGGCAGACAUUCUGUUGUAUGUUGUUGUGCCUACUAGAAGAGCGACAGCUGAAGCCUUACAGAUUAUGGUCUGUCAUCUCCUUGGAGAUGCAGGAAGUCCAUACCUUAUUGGUGCGAUCUCAGAUGCUCUGCUCAAGUACAAUCCAGAAUCUUCCCACUGGGAUUUCCGUAGACUGGAAUAUAGCAUUCUUUUGUGCCCCUUCAUUGGGGUUCUGGGAGGCCUGUUUUUUUUAAUGACCUCUCUGUAUAUCAAAGAGGACAGGAAAGCAGCAGAACUGCUCACUUCAGGACAAGCUCCUGAACCACUAGAGACAACCACAGAGUCGAUGUGACCUUUUAAACACCAACCAAGACCUUGGAUGAGCUUUGCUGCAUCAAGCAGACACUUGUGAAUGCAGGAGAUGAGACAUGGAUUAAUGGACAGAUUUUAGAAUUUUUGAGUAUACAUUUCUUACUAAGAAAUCUUACUAAGAAAAAACACAUUUAAACAUUUUUCAAUUAGUGAUGCCUUACACUUGUGACUUAUCAUUGUCUUGCACAAUUUCCAUGUGGUAAAAUAAACUGCCUACUCUGAUUUUUUAGAUAUAUUUUUGUAAUUUUUACUCAUUUAUGUUUUCAAAAAAAGUUAUUAGGAGCUUUCGUCCUGCUUUCUUCUCUUGGCAGCUGUGUGCUACUAAUUAGAACCUCAGGGGAACAAGGGGGAGAACAUCCCCUUCUGGACAAAAAAAAAAAGCUUGAAAAACUGUAUGUGUCAAAUUAGUCCCCCAGUGUACAGACUGAGACUGGAAAUGUGUAGCAAAUGAACAGGCUAUUUAAAUGUCAUUAUUAUUUGUACUGUAUUGUUUUAUUUGAUUGUA